CAUGCACUUUGUGGAUAAGUAGAGAGUUGAUAACGUGAAUUCAGAGCACAAACACAAACUGCAAACUGCAAUUCGUUUCCUUUCGUUAACUCACUCUUGUCUGAUUAUUUGUCGUCACUUGCUCGAUCCUGUGAUCAUGGCAGAACUAAUGGUGGCUGGAGCUGCCCUCGGUGCUCUCUUUAAUGUUGUUUUCGACAAGCUUGCUUCACGUGAGGUCGUCAACUUCAUCCGAGGGAAGAAGCUUGGCCCCUUACUUGACAGGAUGAAGGCUACUCUCACAGUGGUCAGAUUUGUGCUGAAUGAUGCUGAGAAGAGACAGAUCACAGACUCUGAUGUCAAAGACUGGCUCAGUGAACUCAAACAUGUCGUCUACAUGGCUGAUGACUUGUUGGAUCAAGUUUCUACCAAAGCUGCUGUUGCUGCUGCUGCUGCAACUGAAAAGAAGGUAACUACUUCUAAAUUGCUCUCUUGCUGUUUCAAUGCACAACAUCGGAGGAUGGAUACUAGAUCUUGCCUUUUCAAUACACAAGAUCGGAGUAAGAUAGCUACUAGAUUGGAAGAAAUAGUUGCCAAGCUAGAGCAUAUCUUAGAACUAAAAGAGAGGCUUGAUCUCAAAGAGAUUGCAAUGGAUAAUUCCUCAUCUAGAGUUCCCACAACAUCUGUGCCAGAUGGGAAAAUAUAUGGUAGGGACGAAGACAAGAAGGCCAUAAUCAAGUUAUGGUCAGAUGAUAAUAAUAAUAAUAAUAAUAAUAAUGACGGUGAAAAAGUAUCUGUGAUCCCUAUUGUGGGCAUGGGUGGAGUCGGAAAGACCACUCUAGCCCAAAUGAUAUACAAUGAUGAAGAUUUGAAUAAAAAAUUCAAAUUUGAACUCAAAGCAUGGGUUUGCGUCUCUGAACCAUUUGAUAUCGUUAUGAUUACAAAAACUUUAACAGAGGCAUUUACUAAACAAGCUUGUCAAAUCAAUGAUUUCAAUUCACUUCAAGAAAAUUUGGUGCAAAUUCUAAGGGGGAAAAAAUUCUUCAUUAUUUUGGACGAUGUUUGGAAUGAAGAUUAUGAUAGGUGGAAUCAACUUAGAAAACCUUUCCAACAUGGGAUGAGGGGAAGCAAAAUUCUUAUCACGACUCGUAGUGAUGAGGUUGCUUCAGUAGUCAAAACUAAUCAAACUUUCCAUUUAAGCCAACUAUCAAAUCAAGAUUGCUGGUCUGUGUUUGCAAACCAUGCACGUCUUCCCCCAGGAUCAGGUGAGAAUACAAGAGCUCUAGAGAAAAUUGGGUUGGAGAUUGUUAAGAAGUGUAAGGGGCUGCCUUUGGCUGCACAAUCACUUGGAGGUUUAUUGAGAAGAAAGCGUGACAUUAAGGAUUGGAAUGAUGUAUUGAAUUGUGACAUUUGGGAAUUAUCUCACAGUGAAAGCAACAUUAUUCCAUCAUUGAGAAUCAGUUAUCAUUAUCUCCCUUCUUAUUGGAAACGUUGCUUUGUUUAUUGUUCAUUGUAUCCCAAAGAUUAUGAAUUUUUAAAAAAUGAUGUGAUAUUGUUGUGGAUGGCGGAAGAUCUUUUACCACCACCCAAAAAAGGAAAGACUUUAGAAGAUGUUGGCGAUGAGUGUUUUAAUUAUUUAGUUUCAAGCUCAUUUCUUCAAAGCUCGAGUAAUCCAUGGAAGAAAGAAUACUAUUUUGGGAUGCAUGAUCUCAUGCAUGAUUUGGCAACCUUUAUUGGCGGGGAAUUCUACUUUAGAUCAGAUGAUCUUGGGGAAGAAACUAAGAUUGACAGCAAAACUCGUCAUUUGUCAUUCAUCAAUUUCAGUAGUCCCAACCCGGAGACUUUUGGAGUCUUAGAUAGUUCUAAAUUCCUAAGAACUUUUUUGGGAAUGAAGCAAUAUUCUUCUGAUGAGAGUAAGAAGGUACCAUAUACUAAGGUGUUGAGUCUUGAGUGUUUGAGAGUUUUAUCAUUUUGUGACUUUGAAAACUUCUAUACAUUGCCUGAUUCUAUCAAUAGAAUGGUCCAUUUGCGUUAUUUGGAUCUCUCCAGGACAGAAAUAGAGUCAUUGCCGGAGUCAUUGUGUAAUUUGUACAAUCUGCAAACAUUGAAGCUGGAAUUUUGUUGUAGUCUGACUAUGCUACCUGGUGGGAUGCAAAAUCUUGUGAACUUGCACUAUCUUGGUAUUGCUGGAACUGAUAUAGAGGAGAUGCCGAAAGGAAUGGGCAAAUUAAAGCAGUUGCGUCAUUUACCUUACUUCAUUGUGGGCAAGCAUGAAGAGAUCAAGAUCAAGGAACUGGGAGGGCUUUCAAAUCUUGGUGGAUCACUUACAAUUGAGAAACUGGAGAAUGUUGAGAAUGGUAGUGAAGCGUUGGAGGCAAGAAUGAUGGAUAAGAAGCACAUUCAGGAUUUAGUAUUGAAGUGGUCUUUAGAUGUUGAGGAUUGUAAGGAUUCCAAUACAGAAUUGGAUAUACUUUGCAAGUUAGAGCCUCACCAAGACCUUGAAUCCUUAUUCAUAAUAGGAUACAGGGGUACCAGAUAUCCGGAUUGGGUUGGAAGGCCGGCCUUCCACAAUAUGACUAGCAUAAAGGUGUCUGAUUGCAAGAACUGUUUUACGCUCCCUUCACUUGGACAUCUCCCAUCUCUCAAGCACCUGAGUAUUUCUAAUUGGAAGAUGUUGGAAACUAUUGAUACUAGUUUUUUCAACAAUGAUACUACUAAUAAUGAUGGCUGCUCUUUGUUGACAGUAGUACCCUUUCCCUCACUUAAAUCUCUUACAUUUGAAGAUAUGCCUUGUUGGGAGGUGUGGAGUUGUUCUGAGCAGCCACGUGCUUUUCCUAAGCUUAAGCGUCUGAGAAUAGUAAAUUGUCCAAAAUUGAAGGGAGAUUUGCCAAGUGACCUCCCUGCUCUUGAAAAACUUAGGAUACAAGAUUGUAAGCAACUUGCCUGUUCUCUCCCGAGGGCUCCUGCCAUGCGGGAAAUAACUAUAAUCAUGUGCGACGACUCGCUCACGUCUCUGGCACUGGAUACUUAUCCAAAUCUCCAAGAUUAUCCAACAUCAUCAGAUUAUUAUGUGGGCAGAUGCUCACGUUAUUUUGUAUAAAAAAAAGAUGGUCAUGUCAUUGAACUGUGCAGCCAUAGCAAAGAUUUUUGUUUACCAUCAUCAGAUAUGUUAUGGUUAUUUGGCUUGGUGAAAAAGCUAGCUGCCCCUGGUGAGGGAUCUGAGAUCAACUUUGAACAGGAGCUGAUGAGAAAUUUUGAUUUAUUUGACUUGAAUGAAACAUUCUCAAUAGUUGAUUAUUUACUUGGAAGGCCAUUCAUGGAUACAAUGUUUUACCAAUUUUGUCAAUUUACACAUAUUGGAAUUUUGAAGACCACUAUAGGCUAUGCGUUUCUGAUGCUGUUAAGCUUACGGGGACCCUACUUUCUGUAGAUCCAGCACAAUGAGGAACAUUUUCCCUUCCUAGACUCCUAAGAGGCAUGGGAUUCUCCAUUUUAAAAAGUUCCCCAUUUAUUGACAGUUGUUUACAUCAGAGACUCUGCCAUCCAUCAAGCUUAUCAAAAUAUCCUCAUGCCAAAGCGCUUGAAUUGCGGGGAUGAAGCAACCAGAAGGACGGUUGGCUAUGUUGUCUGUUCCACUUCAUUGAGUUCAUUCAUCCAUUAGUGGCAAAAGGGUGCCUUCUCAGAUAAGUAAUAUGCAUUCAAUUUUUUUGUUACCAUAUCAGGCAAGGAGCUGUUGGAGAAAGGGUGCAAGAAUUUGGCUCAGGGGUUAGAUAAGGAAAAAAAACGGGCCCAUGUCACAGCAAAAGGCAAUGUGGACUCAGGCGUAUCAAUACAGCAAGGGCAACGUCAGGUAAGAUGGCUUAAAACGGGGCAUGAAAAAUUUAAGCUUAAUUUGGAUGGGAGUAAUCUUGGCAAUCCUGGAAAUGCAGCAAGGGCAAUUUUUUUUGGCAGUUGCUUGAAUAAUGAAGUUGAGUUAGUCGCUAUUCUUGAAGGCUUACUUGUGUGUAAGCAAUUGGGGUAUGCUGGUAUCGACAUUGAAUGUGAUUCUAAUGUUGUUGUUAGCUGGAUUCGGUCUCCUUCUUGCAAACUUUGGUAUCUUUGGGACUUUUGGGAAUCCCUUAAGGAGUUAUUGGAUGUUAUGGAUAAUUCUAUUCAUCAUAUUUUUUGAGAGGGGAACUAGGAUGCAAAUGCUUUGGCUCGUAGUGGUGCUAGUGGAACCAACUUGUUAUUUACCAAUGUGGAACAUCUCCUUAGGCUUAUAAAAGGUUUGAUUAGGUUAGAGAAAAUGGGUAUUGUUUAUGUUUAAGACUUGUUUAAUUUGUUCGUUUGUGUUUGCUUUUUUGUAUUUUGUUUGUUUUUUGAUACUUAGGAUAUUGUUUUGUUUUUCUCUGUGUAAAUCCCUCUUGUCUGGUUGUAACCACGGUUUUCCUCCGCCAUAAGUGAGGUCUCUUAAUAAAGCUUGGAGGUUCCGCCCUCCUUUUCCUUU